GAAAAAUGAUUUUUUCACGAAUUUUCGUCUAUUCUUUAUUUUUAAUGAUUCUUGCUUUUAUUCCUUUAGUUAAAAGCAGAGAAUUUACAUGUAGUUGUUGUGGAAAACCGAAUAAUCAUUAUGAACCAAAAUGUCCCUUUAAAGGUAAUUGUCCUUUGAAAAAAGAUAAAAAGAAAGUAAAGAAAGUUAAACCUACCACUUCGUCAAGCCGGUCAAGGGAUUGUAAGGGUACAAUUGAAGGAAAAAUUUUUCUUAAAAAAGGCGAGAAAUUUAAACAAUCUUGUAAAUGUGCUAAAAAGGGAGAUGAACGGUGUCAUUUGAUUGCAGAUAUGUUAGGUGGAUCUAGAGAUUGUGAUAAUUGUAUGUCAUGUUCUCACAAAAUGAAUACUGAUAUGAAAAGAAUGGAGAAAUUUGUUAAAAAUAGUGAUGGUGGAGUCUAUAUUGUGACUUGUGACAAUUAUGAAUAUGCCAAAAUUAUUACACAAAUCUUCAGUCCAUAUAAAGGAAAUCCAACAACAACCGUUAUAUAUCGUGAAUCACCUCGUGUUGAAUUGUGAAAAUUAUAAAG